AUGCGUAUAUCCGAGACAAAAAGGGAGUUGAAGUGUUUUGGUUCCAGCCGAUACUACAUAUCCAGCGACAAGAGAAAUUGGGCAGACAGCCAACAGCACUGCGUGGAUCUAGGGGGUCAUCUGGUGAUCAUUGACAGUCAGGAGGAACAAGAAUUUAUCCACGCACAAGGGAAGAGAGCCUGGAUUGGUCUCAGUGAUUUGGAGACUGAGGGUGUCUGGAAAUGGGUAGAUGGCAACAAUCUUGGCAAACCCAGAUUCUGGAUGCAGGGUGAACCAAAUGACCAGAGUGGUGGAGAAGACUGUGUAGAGAUAAUAGAUUCACAGAAACCGUUAACAAGCUGGAAUGAUAAUGUCUGUGGGUUCACCAGGGACUAUAUCUGUGAGAUAUAA